CAUCCUUCUGAGUUCUGUCAAAUGUCUAUGAUCAGUUUUUUGUGUACAUCCGCUAUCAAUAAAAAAAAAAAAAUAUAUAGGUAUAUAUUCACAUCCUAAUAAGGAGUCAUCGAUAAAAAUAUGACGAGGAAAUGUAUAUUUGUGACAAGUGACAAAGGUUAUUAUGGAUAUACCUAUAAUAUAAAUUGUUAAAUAAAAUUAAUAUAUAAAUAAUUGAUAAAACAAGAAAAGUACAAUGAUUGUGAUGAAGGAAUAUCUCCGCCAAAUUGGAGCCGGGCCAAGUCUCGGUUAGAUUAAGUAAAAGAAAAAAAAAAAGAAAACGUUCCAUGAAAUGGAAAUGAGCUCAAAUGAGGAUUAUUGUGAUCAAGGUACAGGAACAUCAGAAAAUGAAGCAAAUAUGGUGCUUAAUAAUACAAACGAUACAAGUGAAAAUGAGUUAUUAAAUUUUAAAACGUUAACAUUGACAGAGGCAUCAACAAGCUUUCUAACAAAUAACAAGUUAACUGAAUCUAAUGAAAAUAAUUCAGAAUUAAAAAGUGAAUCAUCAACUCAAAUGUCAACUGAUGAAAUUGACAGUUGUUCAAUAAAUCCCAAUAAUAAUAUUCAUGAAAAUGGUGAAUGUGAUUACAAAGAUUUACCAUUAUCAUCAUCGUCAUCGUCAUCAUCAUCUCGCCAAGAAAAUAAUCAAAAUGGCCUUGUUGAAAAUUCAUCAAUAGAAUUAUUAAACUCUACUGAUAAUAUUGAUAAAAAUGAUUCAAUAAAAAAUUUAAAUAUAAAAAAUAAUAUAAUGCAAGAUUCACUAGAUAAUUUGGAAGUAUCACCAAGUUAUUCACAAUCAUUUUCAUGUGCUAAAGAACCACGUAAAAAUAUGAUUAGAAAAAAGGAAUUUAUUAAAAAUAAUAAAACAUUAAACAGUGUUGAUUCAUCUAUAAAUAAAUCAAUUCAAUAUAAUUGUAAUGUUCAUUGUUCAAUAGAUGAACCAUGUGGUGAGUAUGAUGAAGCAUGUAGUUCACAACAAAAAUCAACAAGUAUGACUGAUGAUGAGGCAAUUGCAUCAACAUCAAACAAUGAAGAUGAUAGAAUAACAAUUGAUCCAAAUAAACCAUUUAAACUUCCAAGUUUAGUUAAUUUAUUUGAAGCUGCUGAGGCACAAAGAAUUGAGCUUGAGGCAAAUACAACAGCAUCAACGUCAUCAGAUAUUUUAAGUGCAAAUAAUCAUGGUAUUGAUGAUGGUAGUAGUGAUGAAAGUAAUUCAGAUGAUACACAACGUAUGAUAAAUAUACAUCGUCAAUUAUCAACUAAAAAACGUUUAAGAAAUACAAAUGGCUUAACAACACAAGAUCGUCCAGAAUAUUAUCAGCUGUGGCGUAGUACAGGUGGACAAUCAACAUCUGAUUCAGUUUAUGAUACACACUAUACAAAUCCACCACCACCACCACUACCACCAAGAGCAAUUCAUAAACCACUUCAUCGUAGUAAUGCACUACCAUCAGCACUUCCAGAAUUACCACGUAAACAUUUAAAUAAAAAUACAACACCAUGUCGUCCAGAGGAUUGUUUUGGUUUUGAAAUUGUUGAUGUUGAUGAAGCUGCUGGUUUAAAAGCACGUACCGCUGUUACAAAAAGUAUUGCAUUAUUAAGUUCACCACGUCCACAUCGUCCAUUAAUGCGACCAACUGGAAUUGAUAUUAGUCAAGGUGAAUGUCCACCAACACCAACACAUCGUCCAAAACCAUUGAGACCAUUACCAAUGUGUUCAUCUGGUAAUGGUUCAUCAUCAUUAACAUCUGAUGAACCAUUACCACCAUCAUGGGAAGCUAGAAUUGACAGUCAUGGUAGAGUUUUUUAUAUAGAUCAUGUUAAUCGUACAACAACAUGGCAAAGACCUGGGCAAACAACAAGAAAUACUGGCUGUGAAAUACGUCGUCAACAAUUAGAUAGACGUUAUCAAAGUGUACGGCGAACAAUAUCAAGACCUGAUAAUAUUGAUAGAGAAAUUGCAUCAUCAUCAUCAACAUCAAAUUCAAAUAAUCAACAACAAACUGAUAAUAAUAAUACAAGAUUAACAAAUAAUGAAAAUGAACAAUUUGAUAUAUCAACAAUACCACCAGUAUUAUUUUUAUUACGACCAGAUUUUUUUACAUUACUUCAUACAAAUAGUGAAGCAAUUGAAUUAUACAAUAGAAAUCCAAGUUUAAAACACAUGAUUAGUAGAAUACGUAGAGAUCCAGUUAUAUUUCCAAGAUACGAGCAUAAUCGUGAUUUAGUUGCAUUAAUAAAUUAUUUUUCAGAUACAACAAAAGAAUUACCACGUGGUUAUGAAUCAAAACUUGAUAGAACUGGUAAAAGAUUUUUUAUAAGUCAUGCAAGAAAAGCAACAUCAUUUAUUGAUCCAAGAUUACCAACAGAAGCAUUACAUCCACGUUGUGGUUUAACAUUAACUGAUGAAGCACCAAUACCACCUCCAAGAGCUCAACAAUCUGGUGUUACAACAACACCAGAUAUACCAGUUGCAUAUAAUGACAAAGUUGUUGCAUUUUUACGUCAACCAAAUAUUAUUGAUAUAUUAAAAGAACGUCAUUCAGCAUUAGGACAAAAUAUUGGAUUACGUGAAAAAAUUAAUACAAUUAGAGUUGAGGGAACAGUCGCAUUACAAAGAUUAGGACAUGAUGUACCAUUGGCAUUGUUACUUAGUUUAUUUGAACAAGAAAUAAUGUCAUAUGUACCAGGUAAUAUUGGACGUUCACCAAUUGGUAGUCCACAUGCAUCACCAGGUUUAACACGAGCAUCAGCACGUACACCAGCACCAUAUCGUCGUGAUUUUGAAGCAAAAUUACGUACAUUUUAUCGUAAACUUGAGAGUAAAGGAUUUGGUCAAGGACCAGGUAAAUUAAAACUUCAUAUUAGACGUGAUAAUUUACUUGAAGAUGCAUUUACGAGAAUAAUGGCUGCAUCAAAAAAAGAUUUACAAAAAGGUAAACUUGUUAUUAUAUUUGAUCAUGAAGAAGGACUUGAUUAUGGUGGUCCAUCAAGAGAAUUUUUUUUUCAUUUAUCAAGAGAAUUAUUUAAUCCGUAUUAUGGAUUAUUUGAAUAUUCAGCAAAUGAUACAUAUACUGUACAAGUAUCACCAAUGUCAGCAUUUGUUGAUAAUUAUCAUGAUUGGUUUAGAUUUUCAGGACGUGUUUUAGGACUUGCAUUGGUACAUCAAUAUUUACUUGAUGCAUUUUUUACAAGACCAUUUUAUAAAGCAUUAUUACGUUUAUCAGCAAGUUUAAGUGAUUUAGAAAGUUUAGAUCAAGAAUUUCAUCAAAGUUUAAUGUGGAUUAAAGAAAGAGAUAUUAGUAUUGAACCACUUGAAUUAACAUUUUCAGUAACUGAAGAACUACUUGGUCGUGUUGCUGAAAGAGAAUUAAAACCAGGUGGUAGAAAUAUUAUGGUUACAGAAAAAAAUAAAAAAGAAUAUUUAGAAAGAGUUGUUAGAUGGAGAUUAGAACGUGGUGUAUCAGAACAAACUGAAUCACUUGUUAGAGGUUUUUAUGAGGUUGUUGAUCCAAGACUUGUUUCUGUAUUUGAUGCUAGAGAAUUAGAGCUUGUUAUUGCUGGUGCUGCUGAAAUUGAUUUAAAUGAUUGGCGUGCACAUUCUGAAUAUAGAAGUGGUUAUCAUGAUGGACAUCCUGUUGUUGAAUGGUUUUGGAGUAGCAUUAGUCGAUUUACAAAUGAACAAAGACUUAGACUAUUACAAUUUGUAACUGGUACAUCGAGUAUUCCUUAUGAGGGAUUUUCAGCAUUACGAGGAUCAACUGGACCACGUAAAUUUUGUAUUGAAAAAUGGGGUAGACCAAACAGUUUACCAAGAGCACAUACGUGUUUUAACAGACUAGAUCUACCACCGUAUCCAACACCUGAAAUUUUAUAUGAGAAGUUAUUAUUGGCUGUCGAGGAAACCAACACAUUUGGUAUAGAGUAGAACAAAAAAAAAAAUUAAGGUUUGAAAUUAUUUUUAAAAAUAGGUGAUAUUGAAUUUUAUCGGUGGAUUUGAUAAAUCAUUUUUUAGUAUUUAAUACAUGUAAAUAUAUAUAAAAACAGAUCAAAAAAAAAAAUAUUUAUUUAAUUUGAUUUAAUAUUUAAUAAUAAUUCAGUCGUUAAACAUAAUUUGAUUAACUAGAUAAAUAAUUUUAAUUUAUUAAAUAAUAAUAAAUUUAAAACAAAUUGCAAGCUUUUAUAUAAUAUUACUUUUUUUUGCUAAUUUGCAUACUAUUUAAUUUUUGAUUAAAUAAAUAGCAAAUUAGGUAAAUUAAAAACGGGUUGCUGCUUAUGCAAAGCUUCAUUAUUUGCUCACAACGUGCAUCGAUGUUGAUACAAUAAUAAUAAUAAUAGUAAUAAUAAUAAUAAUAACAACAAUUAAAACCAAGUCAUAGAAAUUUAAUUAAAUUAAAAAUAAAAUAAUUGUCAGAAUAAAAUAACAUUAAUAGAAAGAUAUUAAAUUUUAAAAAUAACAAAUUGUGAGGUACUCCAAAGUGUUCCAUCCAAUUAUUGGACCACUGUUUAAAUAAAAAAAAAAAAUUACAAUACUACGCUUUGCUGUAUUCAAGUAAAAAAAAUUUUAAAUAAACAUAAACAACGAAUAAAAAAAAUAGAUUAAAAAAAAAAGCUAAUAAGUAGGAAAUAUUUAAACAAACAAAAGUUUAGAUUAAUAUAUACUGCCACAUUUAAUAUGAUAAUUAUUAUUGAUGUGUUGAAAAGCUUUUUAGAUUUUUUUUUUUCAUUUAAUGUUUUAAUUUUUUUUUUUACACAAGUAUUUACAUAGCUAAGCACUUUAAUGCUAUUUAUAAAAAUUUAAAAUGUGAGACGAAAAACGAACAAUUUUUUUUUUGUUUGUUAUUCUUUUAAAGAGCUUUUUGAAGCACAAUUAGUGAUUUUACAUGAGGUGUUUGAGACUUAAUAUGUGC